AUACGCAACCGCUUUGUUAUCCGUGUCCUCACAGCAACGAAAAAUACUUUCUAUUUGCCCGAAAAUCGACGAGUCGUUGCUACUGCGGGAUUUCGUUGUUGCUUUACGGACCAAUCAGAAGACUAAUAGCAGGGGCGGGACCGGUAGUUGGUAUUGGGACGCGGAGAGCCAUCUGGUUGUGCCGGCGGCGAAGUACAGCAAUACAGAGAUAGUCAGUCAGCAGUAGACCGAUUGAUCUUACAGCUACAUCGCUAAACCUUGAAGUCUAAAUAAUACAAUCACCAAUUGAUGGUCGUGUGUGCCUGAGCUGCGUUUCUCAGCCGCCACUCUCAUCUCACCGUAAUCUGUAUUAUCUCGAUGAUUCACAGCAACGGCAGACAGAAACGAAAGCGCAAAGACUCGGACGACGAGCAGCAGACGGAUUGUCCAGAGGUGGACCUGGGACAGCUGCAGGUCAAUACUCUGAGACGCUACAAACGUCACUAUCGUCUACAGACUCGUCCUGGCCUCAACAAGACGCAGCUCGUUGAAACAAUACUGCGUCACUUCAAGUCUACGCCCGUUACUGAGAAGGAGACGCUGACGUACUUUAUAUACAUGGCGAAAACUCAUAAGAGCAAGUUUGAUCAGCCAUCAUCCAGAUACCAGGACAGUCCGACGUAACAGAGUGUUGAUUUUGUAUCGAUCGUUUGUUUGACAUAAGUAAAGUGUGCAGCUAUAUUACGAGAAUUCUUUUUUUUCGUUUCGAGACGGGUCUAUUAGCAUUCGGGACUAGUUAAAUUCGAAUUCUUUUCAGAUCUUGGUAUACUGAAUGAUAUUUUUGAAUUAGUUUGUUGAUUAUAAUGAAAUUCUGAGAUCAAAGUUCA